UCCGGACCAGAGGGGGCAGUGUUGUCACCGCAGAGCUGUUCUAAUUGAGCCGAACACGCAGAAGAAAGGAACAGCUUGUCCCAUCACCGGCGUUUUAUUUAGCAGCAGAAGGUCGUCCGCGGCUGGACGGAAUUUGACACAAUUUCGGGCCAAAAAUAGCCUAAAUAAUACAGCUUUGUUGCAACUUUGGCACUUUAAACGCAGAGGGAUGUGAGUAUUACAGGGCAAAGUACAGGAACGCGGCCCCACGUCGCGUUUGGCCGGGCUGUUAUGAAACCUCGUUAGCCGACGUUAGCCGUUGACUAUCUAAACCAGCGUUAGUUAAGCUCCCGGCUCGAAAAAGCGACGUGGGACGCGGUUAAAGGGAGGCUAGUGGACAAGCUAACGGCACUCGUUACAUAAGCGCUCCGAAAGCAGGGGGGCUGUGGACGGAACCUGUUACUCUUCCUGCCCUCCCCGUUGGCCAGGGGCAGACUCAGCUUUCAAAACCCGGGAACUCCCGUCCGGUUUGAUGGCAGCCACGGCCGGUGCCCGGCGGUUACCCAUGGGUGUGCGGACGUUCAGUGACUUUCUUCAGAUCGCCACUGUGGGCUCCCCUCGCUCGUGUCGCCCAGCGGUUCAGAGAGGAUGCCUGCGACAAAACAUCAGACACCUGUCAUCGUGUGGCAUUUUGAUGACGAGAAGUCCCAGGGUGCUUUGCUUUCAAGACUGGGACACGAUGGCAACAAUUCCUCAAAGCAGAAACUUCAUCAGCCUCACCAACAAACGGAAGGAGUACUCUGAGCGUAGGAUACUUGGUUAUUCCAUGCAGGAAAUGUAUACGGUGGUGGCCAACGUCGAUGACUACAAGCACUUUGUGCCUUGGUGUAAGAAGUCCCAGACCAUCAUGAAAAGAGCUGGUCACUCCAAAGCCCAGCUGGAAGUCGGAUUCCCCCCGGUCGUGGAGAGAUACACCUCGAUGAUCACAUGCGUUAGGCCUCACCUGGUCAAAGCAGUGUGCACAGACGGGAAGCUGUUCAAUCACCUGGAGACGAUAUGGCGCUUUAGUCCUGGCAUUCCCGGUUACCCUCGAACCUGCACGGUAGACUUUUCUAUAUCCUUUGAGUUCCGCUCGUUGCUCCACUCCCAGUUAGCCACCAUGUUCUUCGACGAAGUGGUCAAGCAGAACGUGGCCGCGUUCGAGCGGCGAGCCGGCAAGCUCUACGGCCCAGAGACUCGAAUCCCCCGAGAGCUGAUGUUCCACGAGGUGCAUCAGACGUGAUCUCGGCACUCGCACGUCCUCAUCCGGCCUUAAAGCAUACCAACUUUUAGCCCCUUCAUACAGUUAACAAAAACCCGCAUGACCCAACUUAGCCGGCCCCGCCCCCUCCGCUGCGUUUCCAUCUCCACCGCUACAGAGGAAGAGCAGCUAUCCAGGACAGCUAACUCUUGUAAACAUAAUGUUGGAAUUCCCGCCGCACAAAAUUCUUUGGCUCAAACGCCCCCCCACCCCACCCUCCUAAUGUCCAGCCUGCCCGCAUUCUGUCUACCUCCAUCUUAGCCCAUAGUUACCAGGUCCCACCAUUGCCCUCGCUCCCUAGCAGUUACCAGCUGUAUUUAUGUCAAACCAAACAGUAAAUCUUUACAUCAUGUAACCAGUGUUAGAGAGUCGGCUAUUAUUUUAAACAAACACCCUUUUAUUUAUUAUAUUAUUAUUUUUUAUUGGACCUAAAGGCCCUCCGAUGCUCAACGGCCAUUGUUCACGUUAGCUUCCCAGGAAGCAGCUGAUCAUACUGUUUUUUUUUGUUUUGUUUUUUAAAAAACAAAAGCAUAUUCUUUGCCUUCUACCGUUCCCUCUUACAUCAUUUAAAAUCUUGACUAUACCGUUUGACGUAAAUUGGAGCCACCCCUGCAGAAUGAUCAGUUUUAUCCACUGUGAUUUACUUCGAUGGCGGGGAUGCUGGGACUUUAAGGUGCCACGUGCGGCGUGUGGUCACUGUGACAGUAUUCGGACGUUCAGGGUCCGAGUGAGCGGACAAAAUGAAUGUCGCCGGCGAGCUUCGGCCCCAAGAUAAACGGGGGUUUGGGAAAUUUAGAGUUGAGCCUGGCUGCUUUUGCUGUGAGGACUGUUGAUUUAGUUUUUUUUUGUGCAUCCAGACUCAGCCUUUUUUUUUCUUUUUCUUUUUUUUUUUAAGAAUGGCUUAUUUUACAGCCCAGCGCUUGAAAGCAUCCAUUCAAAAAGAGAAGGGGGCCAGAAUUUGCACAAAUUUUAAAGUCGUAGAAUCACAUGGUGCUGUGCCAACAACAGGAUAAUCACAGUCCAUUUUGUAAAAGGAAAAACAUCUUUAUAUUUGAUAGAUUAUAUGGAAUGGAUUGAUAAAGUUACAGAUUAAACUGUGAGAUUGGCUUCACGUUUGCUGCUGCUUUAUACAGAGGUAUUUACGCAUAAAGCUGCUUGUAUUUAGUGGUCUGUUUUCUCCUGUCACGCACAUUCUCACCUAAUUCUGCUGGCGGGGCUGUAGAAUAAAACAUUGCAGAUCAUUUAUUAUUGUCUGGGUUUCGUGCUUAUGUUGGACUUUGG